CCACAGCGCACGCGAAUCUCGGGUCCAGGAAACUUUUUUCGUCAAUUUAUUCGGAGUGUAACCCAGAAAAUUCUGCUGAGGACAAGGAAAACUCCUGAAUUAAGGCAAAGUGCAUACGCGGAGUUCAACGUGUCACGCGUAGUGCCUAUGUCGAAGGCGAUAGAAAUAAUGCCGCUGCCCAUCGCAAACUGUGUGUUCAAAAGAUGUGUUUAACAAUGUUGUGCUAGUGAGAGGGCGGAAAAAUGUCAGUUUUUAAUGCAGUUUGAGCAAUGGGUUCAUGAACGUUGUCAGCAAUCUGUUAUUGGACGGAAACAGCAGCGGGUGGUUGUGCGAGGCAAUGAAAUAAAUGGAACACAACUACCAGUGCAGUUUUGGAAAUGAGUUCAAAGCACUAAAAUAUAGCAAAAUUCGCCAAAAACACGACAAGCAGUAACGCGAGCAAGUGCAAUAAUUUCAAAUGAGUACAUCCAAACUUCGGGGAAAAUCGGCAAUACAUAUUAACGAAAGCGUAAUCAGUACCAAUUCCAACAACUCGCAGAACACAUUGCUCAAAAUUGAAUCUGUUGUGCCAAAGCUGACCAAUCGUAUCAAUAACACUACCAACUUGAAUCAUUCAAGUAGGUUAAAAACGUUUCAUAGAUCGCACAGUACACUUAGUUCUUCCUAUUUGAAAAAAGUCAACGAAAAACGACUAUUUAUAAACCGCGAAGCAGUAGGCGAACGAGCAGGUGAAUCAUUAAGGGACCAACCGCAUUGCAUCCACAACGAACCACAACCGGACGGUUCUGUCUUGGUACAUAAUGGAAUUACAACUAUAAAGCGCUCGGAAAAAGAUCGCGAAAAGCACCCAGAUCGUGUCAAUCUCGAUCGUAAAGGCCUCGGCUCGAUUCCGAUUAUCGAUGACGAACCGAAUUUACGACUGCUUUCGCUGCAGCACAACCUCAUCAAUACGUUUCACAUUCCAGCCGAAACGGAUUCAAACAACAAUGAAUCGAAGCAAUCGGCUCAUGGUCACUCACCGUCCGUGUCGGUUACACCCAACUCGGCAAACCAAUCUCCCACAGCAUCGACCAACAGUCCAAAUGCUGUCUCUAACACUACAAUUAAAGAUGGUUCCACCACCACGUCGCAUACUAUCUCUGCUGCCGCCAACCAUUCGCCAUACGCUACAAGUCGGAGUGCAAAACAAUUCCUGCGUCAGAAAUCUACUUCACGGAAUCAACUGUACAUGAACAGCAACAAUAUCAACUAUUUAGCAAGUAAAGUUACCUUAACCGCUAAGCCACUUAACGGUCUGACCAACGCCAGUAGCGGUCAAUCUCCUACAAGUGCCACAAGCCCAAACAGCACGUUCCUUCAAAAGCCUUCGUCAAUCCUCCUAAGUGCUAAACACCGACACUUACUGAAGAAAUCCAACAGUUUCAUCAGUAAUGCAACUUUGUUUCCUUCACCACCAGCACACCAACAGCAGAUCACCGCCAAUAAUGUCAUGAAGCUGAAAAACAAACUAUUACGAACUCCUUCCUUCAGCAUCGAUAACCUAUGCAGCAAAAGCGAAGCCAAUUUAUUCAACGAAAUAACGAACAGCAAUAACAACAGUGGUAAAACGACUCCAACCAAUCCGCUCACCAACACCAUCAAUCAUUUCGUUAACCCUCAAAACCACAUAUCUCCUAUCCUGUCGGCUGCUGAACCCCGCUACAAUCUGCAGAAUCUCGUAUUCUUAGAUCUGUAUGACAACCAGAUUGAGAAGAUCAGCUGCCUGGAUGGUUUGAAAUGUCUAACGGUACUACUAUUGGGUAAAAAUCGCAUCACCGACCUCGCCGGGCUAGUCUCACUGCGGCAAACGUUGCGAGUUCUCGAUCUCCAUGGAAACAAAAUAUCUAACAUCACGUCGAAAGUCAACCAGCUGCAGGAGCUGAAAUCGCUGAAUCUGGCUGGCAACCAACUGCGGCAGAUCUAUGCUCAAGAUUUCAACGGGUUGGUUAAUCUGAAGGAACUAAAUCUGAAACGGAAUCGAAUCAAAAAGAUACACGGUUUUGACGACCUACGUAGUUUGGAACGGCUGUGGCUGUGCCACAAUGAUCUACAGUGUGUCGAGGACAUGUCCGCCAUCGCUAAGGCUAUCAAUCUCAAAGAAGUCACCAUUGAGAACAAUCCCGUAUCGUUGGCCGGUGACUGCGUGUCGUUCCUGGUCAGUUAUCUACCCGGACUAGUAUCGCUCAGUCAAAUGCAGAUCACUGAACAAGUCCGCCGGGCAGCUUCCGCCUGGCGGAAAAACAAAGAACUAUCAGAUCUGAACUAUACGAAUCUUUCCACCGACGUAUGUUUGAGUAUACGACGGGAGGAGAUAAUAUCCAAUGCUAGAACGAACUGGGAAUUGCUGAGAUCGCAACAGACAAUCGCCUGCAGGAAUGUUCAGCGAACUACUGGAACUAAUCACGCUUCUGUUGGCAAAGACGGAAAAGUUGAUUCUAGUAGUACUCCUUCAGAUGUGCCCAAAACUAAAGGUAAAACUAAGAAAACAUCAACUAACAUGAACGGAACUAAUAGCACGAACCACCAUCGACCAGCUAGACCAGUUAAAAAGCCUCAAAAUCGGAAACUCAUACGUUCGUCAUCUCAAGACAACUCCGGAUCACAGAUAUCUGAACAGGGUGGUGAAGACUACUUCAGACUUCCGCCAAUUCUUGCGCCAUUCCUUGAUCAGAAUCCGAUCACUGCGGCCUCAGCUAGCAAAAUAGAGUCAUCUGAGUCCAGCACAUGUCAACAACUAGACUCCAGCGUUUCCAGUAUUUUCAGCUCGGAUAAUGAAGAUUUGAAUGUGAAAGAUUUUGAAAAUGAUGCGGAAAAGGAAGGAUCACUAAUAGACAGAAUGGCAACACCCGUAAAACUCCCUGACACGCCUCCAUUGCAAAAUCCUGUGGAAGAGGAUUUGAAAAAUGAUGAUGACUCCUCCGACCCGGUCGAGCAUGACCAUCCUGCCAACGUGAAUAAUCCUGAUGAAGCAAAUCACGAUAAACAGUCAACACUUUCCACGGUGUCGUUGAAAACAACGUCCGAUUCAAAUGCUACCACAUCCUCGAACUCCGACGAUCGGUUAAUUAUCACACAAAAAAUGAGAACUUCAGUGCCCGUAAAAAGGUACGGCAUCGGAACGUUAGUCCGGACAAACACAGCACGCAGCUCAACCAUGAAUACCACCAGCAGCUUGGCCAACACAUCAAACCUUGCGAACCCAACCAUACCCAACCCGAUCUCCUCAAAUGUUGGGCCAAGUGUUUCCGGCAACGCCGUCACUAGCAGUGGCUAUGUAACGCCGGCCAAAUCCAAAGUUACGGAACGUGAACGAGAACAAGGUGGGGACUAUCUGAUAGAAAUCUGUGGACGAUACCUAAACGUCUACGGAAUGGGUGCUCUGCGUUUCAUCGACAAGCAAUGGAACAUGUCUAAAGCCUCCGACGUCCACACGGUAAAGUUCAGUUACAUCAACUUCAACAACAUCACAGCAGUUCUUUGCCGAAUCAAAAUCCGUUUUGUUAACGCAGAGAAUUUCAUCUUCCGCGAGACGAACAUAACAUGCCUGGGUCAAAUCAAUGCACUUGCCGAAAGCCAAGGCAUAGCUUCGUUGACCAUCGACCCAGAGGGUAACCCGAUAGCCAACAAAAACUGGCACAGCUAUGCGAUCUACCGGCUAUCGCACUGGGGCCUCAAACAAAUCAACGGUAUUGAGAUAACCGAGGAAGAAGUACGAAGCGCGGAAAACAUGUAUUCCGGUCUUUCCGAUCUAGUUCUCUGGUCACUGCCGGAAGGACUGCUACAACCACUGCUGCAGCGAUUGCGUCUAGAUGAGACAGCUCAUGCCACAAAAAUGACCGCAAAGGAAUGGUUGAUGCAAGCUGAUUCCUCCUUGAAGAACGUCGUUGGUAAGGAAGCACUUCAAUGGAAAAAGCAUCACAGCUCCAGUCAGGAUGAUGCGACAAUGCGCACCAAAGGCAAGGCCUACUUUGCGCGGAUGCUAGACAACACGUGCAACGCCGUCGAAAAGCUACAGCAACUGGAAAACAUGUGGCCAUCGCUGAUGAUGGAAAUGAUACGUAACACGCUGAUCGACUAUUCACAAAUCGAUGUGUACGUGCGAAGUAUGCUACAGGACCUUUCUAAAUAAAGUACUAAAGCUGGAAUAAGUCUUUCCAGCUAAACCGACUGCGUAACUACUUAGACGAUUAGACGAAAUAUGGUUCUGAUACGAAACAAUCAGCAUCGUUUCGGAAAGGAAUAACAAUACCCC